UGUUGUCUCAGGAAAGAGAAUGGAGAAAUGAGAGUUUCAUCCCAUGAUGACCCAGAAACAAAACUCUGUUUAAAACACAGAGACAGACACGAACCGGCAUAAAGCCUAUGGAGCAUGACAUCUGGAAAGAAUACUGAGAAGAGAUACCAAGAAAUUGCAUUGAUACGCAUCAUCAAAACGAUCAGCCGCACACAUGGAUGGAAAUGUAACCCUUCAGCUGUUCCCCAGCAACCACAGCCACAUCAACACCACCUGCUCCCGCAACAACAUUUUUAAGACGCUGGUUCUGCCCGUUUUGUACUCCUGUCUUUUCCUGGUGGGACUCUCUCUCAAUUCUGUAGCAGUGUGGGUGUUUUUUCGCAUCCCGUCUCAGUCGCACUUCAUUAUUUACCUGAAGAAUGUCGUUGUCGCCGAUGUUGUCAUGACGCUGACGUUCCCCUUCAAGGUGCUGUCCGACUCCAACAUGGCGCCGUCACACGUAAGGAUUUUUGUGUGUCGAGUCUCCUCUGUGCUGUUUUACCUCACAAUGUAUAUCAGCAUCCUGUUCUUCGGGCUCAUCAGCAUCGAUCGCUGCAGAAAGACCCUGAUGCCGUUCAGAGGCACCAACUCUGCCCGUCUGGCCCGCAGGAAAUUCCUCUCGGGGGCGGUCUGGAGCUUUUUGCUGGUUCUCUGCCUGCCAAAUGUGAUCCUUACACGAAAAGCCCCAGCUUCUCCAUACUUCAAGUGCAGUGACCUGAAGACAGAGGCUGGUCUGUUUUGGCACGAAGUGGUAAAUCACGUCUGUCAAGUGAUUUUCUGGGGAAACUUGGUUGCCGUGAUAAUAUGUUACACUCUAAUUUCCAAAGAGUUGUACAAAUCCUACUCUCGCACUAAGUCCCGCUGCCCUGGAGGGACGAUAUCUUUAGCGACAAGGACAGAAACAACUCGGAAGUCUCCCCAAGCCAGGAGAAAAAUGAAUGCAAAUGUAUUCCUCGUGCUAGCGGUGUUCUUUGUGUGCUUUGUGCCGUUUCACUUUGCACGAAUCCCCUACACAAUGAGCCAGACUAGAGGGGUUCUCUUUGAUUGCAAGCUCCGGCUUUUCUUCUUCCAGCUAAAGGAAAGCACACUUUUCCUCUCUUCUCUAAAUGCCGUGCUGGACCCUCUGAUCUACUUCUUCCUCUGUCAGUCCUUCAGGACCACUUUGUUCAAGACCCUGCGGCUGCCUCCCGGUACCUGCAGCUGGUUAACAGAAAGAGGCUCAGAGUCAGUCAGGGACUCGUCUGCAUCCACAUAAAUCUGCUGGAUAUAAGGUAGAGUCUUGUGACAGAGCACUGGAUAUGUAAACUUUCUGUGACAGACUGCAGGGCACUUCAGAAAUGUCCUGUUGUUGAGAAUUGUACAUAUGGUAAAAUGAGAAAUGGCAUCAAAUGUGAUACAACAUGUAACCAAAAAGCAACUGAAAGUGAUGAGAAUUCAGACUUUUUAUUUUCAAGUUUGUUUGUUUUUUGCAGAGUUUCGGUUCCCUCUUCCUCUUUAUAACAAGCAAGAAGUUUCUCUUGUAUGUUGUUAUACCAAAUGAUUAUCUAAAAACAAAAAGUAUGGUGACCUUUUGUGUCUCACAUAUUUCAUGUUUGUGUUUGUCCUUUAUAUUUUGUUAUUGGUUUUUCCUUCAGAUUAAGUUCUAAUGACUGUAUACGUCUUUUUGUUGAGUUGUGAGUCUUCUGUAGAUUUUGCAUCGUACUUCAUUAAACACUGAGGAAAUUGAAAA